AUGGCCGUAGAGGCCUGGAUCGAUACAGAAGCCUCUGAAGCAAGCCGACCCGUCAACGACGAAGGGUAUGCGGAGCGAAUAAAAACAGAUAUGCGGCAUCCUGCACCAGAUCCUCCCGACUCGGACUUUCUCAGCAACAUUUCAGCCGCGCUCCAAGUGAAGCGAUUUGCAGGCGGUGCGCUGAACGAGCUGGAGGUCAUGCUUAUGGUCUCAGAAGUCAAUGCGGGCCAAGACCCGUACAUUGUGGCCGCGAAAUACGGUGCGACAGUCACGGAGAUGUUGCAGGCAUUGUCAAAGUUCGCCGCAGAGAAGUGGGAGAUUGCUCAGAGUACGCCGAAGACUGUUGUCAUUGUUGUCAGAGGUGGGAAGCAGCUGGAGGUUGUCCAGGAUGGGAAGAUCUGCCAGGACGCGGAGAAGACGCUCUUGGAAGUUGGACUUAAGCCUGCGAGUUCGGAGAAGGCUCUUUGGUGGCAGCGAAGACCGAUGACAAACAUGCAGAAUUAA